AUGAGUUCUCUAAAGUUGCCCAGCGCCCCCAACGCGGGUUUGUUCAAGCAGGGCUACACGUCGCACCAGAGCGAGGAUGGUAUUGUGCACCGGAAUAUCCAGGCGGUUCGCGAGAUCGCCAGCAUGGUGCGCACCUCGGUAGGUCCGUCGGGUCGCAACAAGAUCGUAGUCAACCAUCUCCAGAAAAUCUUCCUUACGUCGGACGCAGGCACCAUUUUGCGCGAGCUCGACAUCGUGCACCCCGUCGUCAAGGUCAUUGUCAUGGCCAGCCAGCAGCAGGAAGCUGAGAUGGGUGAUGCCUCUAACCUGGUUGUAGUGCUCGCCGGCGAGCUCCUGAACCAGGCAGAGGAGCUGGUGCGUAUUGGCAUGUCCACUGCUGAAAUUGUUCAGGGAUACGAGCUUGCGCUCAAGUAUGCGCUGGAGGCUCUUGACAAGCAGCAGUUGACCGAGAUCGAUGAUAUCGCUGACAGGAAGCAGCUGGCCCGUAUUUUGCAGCCCGUCAUCGCUGCCAAACAGCACGGAAUCGAAGAUCUGCUUGCCGAGCAUGUCGCUGACGCCGUCUCCUAUGUCCUUCCCAAGGACCCCAAGAAAUUCAAUGUUGAUAACGUCCGCGUGGUCAAGAUCAUGGGUUCCAGUAUCGAAUCUUCUAUGGUCAUCAAGGGUAUGGUGUUCAACUCUGAACCGGAGGGCAGCGUUAAGCGUGCGACAAAUGCAAAGGUUGCCGUUUUCACUUGCCCCGUGGACAUUUCCCAAACAGAAACCAAGGGAACAGUGUUGCUGCACAACGCCAAAGAAAUGCUCGACUUCUCCAAGGGUGAAGAAACCCAGGUCGAAGAUAUGGUCAAAGAGCUUGUCGAAAACUCUGGUGUCAAGGUCAUUAUUGCCGGUGGUGGCAUUGGUGCUCUGGCUUUGCACUACCUUAACCGUUACGGCGUCUUGGUGUUCAAGGUCGGCUCCAAGUUCGACCUCCAACGUCUGUGCAGAGUUACAGGUGCUGCACCCAUUCCCCGCCUUGGUGCACCAACAGCUGAUGAGCUUGGAUUGAUCGACUUGAUUGAAACUGAGGAGAUCGGCGGUGACCGUGUUACCGUUUUCAAACAAGAGGAUACCACCACCCGCACUGCGACUAUUGUAUUGCGUGGUGCAACCCAGAACAUGCUCGAUGAUGUUGAGCGUGCAGUUGAUGAUGGUGUCAAUGCUGUCAAAGCUCUCACCAAGAACAGCAGUGUUGUUCCGGGCGCAGGCGCGUCGGAAAUCGAUAUUGCUGAGGCAGUUGUUGCCCAGGGUGAACGUACCUCCGGUACCCUUCAGUAUGCCAUCAAAAAGUUUGGUUUGGCCUUUGAAGUCAUCCCUCGCACCUUGGCUGAAAAUGCCGGUCUAGAUACCGUUGAAGUCAUCUCCAAGCUUUACGCUCUGCAUUCUCGUGGCGUCCCUGCUGGCGUUGAUAUCAAUUUCGAGGAUACAGCCGCCAAGACUGGUACUCUCAACACUAAAGAAAAUGGAAUCUUUGACAUUUACUUGGCCAAGAGAUCAGCAAUUGAGCUUGCAACCACUGCUGCGUGCACCGUCCUAAAUGUUGAUCAGAUCAUCAUGGCCAAGAGAGCGGGUGGGCCUCAAAUUCCCCAACAGCGCGCUGAUUGGGAUCAGGACUAA